ACCUCCCGCUACGUUCUUAUUAGUUAUUACCGCCCCUCCGAGGAGGAGAUGCGAUACCAAACUCUCCGCGCACUUCUUUUCCCAGAACGGUGGGAUAUAUACUUUGCCUUUCUCCCUCGCACCGAAUGUUUCCGUUGAUGUACACGCACGCACACGACAGGGCGUAGGAGAGGGAGAGAGAAAGGGAGAGGAGGAGGAGGAGGAGGGCGAUGCUUUUGAGGAAGCCGAGAGGACGAGGAAGAGGAGGAGGAAGAGCCCUACCUCUCUUCUCCAUGGCCGUCGCCUCCUUCGCCUCCCUCCGCCUCUUCCCCAACCCCAACCCCAACCCUAGGUUCGUCCGCUUCCGCGCCCGAGCCGAUGGGGGCGGCAGCAGCGCGGGCGGAGGCGGGGGACGGUGGCCGCCGCCGCCGCCGCCGGACACCGGGAAGAAGUCCUUCGCGGUGGCAACCGGGGAGCUGUUCCUGGGGCUCGCGUCCUUGCUCAUCAGGAACAAGGACGGCGCCGCCUCGGCGCCGGCGCCAUCGGGGGAGGCCCCAAAUGCGAUCGCGGAUCGCGGGGAGACGUACAUUAGCAGGAGGAGGAGGGAGUCGAUUGCGGCGGCGGAGGCGGUGGUGGAGGAUGCGGUGGAUGAGGAGCUGGUUUGGGAGCAGAGGGCGGAGGAUGUGGAGGCAGAGAUGGAGCGGAGGAAGGUGACGAGCCCAGGGUUUAGCUUCUCGGCCGCAGGGCUCCUCCUCCCUUAUCAUCUCGGGGUUGCUCAGUUCCUUCUUGAGAAGGGCUACAUCAAGGAAACCACACCAUUAGCUGGCUCAUCAGCUGGUGCCAUAGUCUGUGCAGUUAUUGCUUCUGGAAAUAGCAUGGAACAUGCCCUGCAAAUGACCAAGGUUCUGGCGGAGGAUUGCCGGGUGAGAGGCACUGCAUUUCGGCUUGGGGCUCUACUUAGAGAUGUGCUUAACAGAUUUCUUCCUGAUGAUGCACACAUUAGAUCUAAUGGAAGGGUUCGUGUUGCAAUUACUCAGUUAUUUUGGAGGCCAAGGGGUCUACUUGUGGAUCAAUUCGACUCUAAGGAAGAUCUCGUUAAUGCACUUUUUACAUCAUCUUUCAUUCCAGGAUAUUUAGCUCCGAGGCCUGCAACAAUGUUCCGGAACCGAUUGUGCAUUGAUGGGGGCCUUACAUUGUUUAUGCCUCCUACUUCUGCU